UGAGUACCUACAUCCCGUACCUACUACCUACAAAAUGAAUAUUGUGGAUAAAUUGUGAUUAUUGCUAAAGGAAUUUAUUUAUAUAUAAAUAUUUUGUUACGUGUUUACCUUAAAAUUAUUCAGUGGGAAGUUAAAAGUUGUUAAAACAUUAAUCAGUAAUUUAAUUCGACCUUGAUAUUAGUUGUAGACUUGUAGAUGAAGUUGGUACAUCAGUGUGAUAAGGAAGAAUGAUAAUGACCUAAUUUGAGGAAUUUGUUUGGUUCGCCAUGACUACAAAUUGAUUGAAGAGUCUUAGUAAUGAUGUGGAGAAGUUCCUUCUAAAAUAACAUUAUGAAAUAAUCAUAUCACUAUGACAGAAAGCAUUUCAACACUUACUGCUCCAAUUUCACUAUGCACAUAUCAUCAGCUGAGUUUAACAGUUGAAUCAGCAAACAUUAGAAAUUCUGGAUUUCUCAAACCCAAUCCCUAUUUACAAGUUAUAAUAGAUGACAAAAUUUCAAGAAGAACAGAGGUCCUGAAAAACACAUUACAUCCAAAAUGGAAGGAAGACUUUACAGUGCUUGUCAAACCAUUGUCACAAAUAUUGCUUCGGCUGGCGGAUCAUCAUAGCUUCAGGAAAGACAAUAUUAUUGGAGAGAGAAGAGUUAACCUACUGGAAAUUCUUUUAUAUUUCAAUGGGAAAUGUGAAAAUAUUGAACUGAGUCUGGAUUUGAUGAAAACAGUGUCUUCAGAUAAUGCGCCUACAGCAAAUACGGAAGUCAAAGCUGCCGAGCUAAUACUAUUGCUUGAUGGUUUAAGAAUAGAUCCGGCCAUUUUAAGUCAAUCCCUUGAAGUGCUAGGAGAGUCUGCAACCUCACGUAGUACUCUUACUGAAGGUGUCAGAGCUCGAAUUAGAUUAAGAAACAAUGUAGAAACAUUGAGAUCCAUGGUGCAUUCCCGGUCUUUAAGACCACCACCGGGUCCGCCGCCGCUGAGCAACGGCGCAGCGGGCGCGGCCGAGAGCGGCGCGGGUCCGUCACGACAAGACGCGCCCGCUCCCGCGCCCUCCUCCGCCGCCGCUGCCGCUGCCGCCUCCGCGCUCGCGCCCGCCGCCGCGCCCGCCACUGAAGAGCCGCUGCCCCCUGGCUGGGAGAUGCGAUAUGACGUCUACGGCAGACGGUACUAUGUGGACCACAACACGCGGUCGACAUCGUGGGAGCGGCCGCAGCCGCUGCCGCCGGGCUGGGAGGUGCGGCGCGACGCGCGCGGUCGCGUGUACUACGUGGACCACAACACGCGCACCACCACCUGGCAGCGGCCCGACACCGAGCGCCUGGCGCGCUUCCAGCACUGGCGCGGCGAGCGGCGGCACGUGGUGGCGCAGGGCAACCAGCGCUUCCUGUACCCGCCGCCGCAGCCGCCGCACCCGCAGCCCGCCGCCGACCACGACCCGCCGCCCUCAGUGAACAGCAUUUCGAUGCCAGCCGCGGGCGCGUCGAGCAGCGCCAGUGCGAGCGCGAGCGGCGCGGCCACGACCGCGGCGAGCGCGGCGGGCGAGGAGGGCCUGGGCGCGCUGCCGGCCGGCUGGGAGCGCCGCGUGCAGCCCGACGGCCGCGUCUACUACGUCAACCACAAGAACCGCACCACGCAGUGGGAGGAUCCGCGCACACAGGGUCAAGAGAUAAGCGCGCUAGAAGAGGCGCUGCCGGCCGGCUGGGAGAGCCGCUUCACGGAGGAGGGCACGCGGUACUUCGUGGACCACAACACGCGCACCACCACGUUCCAGGACCCGCGGCCCGGCGCGCCGCAGGGCCCGCAGGGCGCGUACGGCGUGCCGCGCGCCUACGAGCGCUCCUUCCGCUGGAAGCUGAGCCAGUUCCGCUACCUGUGCCAGAGCAACGCGCUGCCCAGCCACAUCAAGAUCACGCUGGCGCGGCAGACGCUGUUCGAGGACUCCUACCACCAGAUUAUGAGGCUACCUGCAUACGAGCUCCGAAGGCGACUCUAUAUAAUAUUCCGCGGAGAAGAGGGUUUAGACUAUGGAGGGGUCAGUCGAGAAUGGUUCUUCCUACUCUCACAUGAAGUGCUCAACCCCAUGUAUUGCCUGUUUGAAUAUGCGAACAAAAACAACUACAGCCUCCAGAUUAAUCCAGCCAGUUACGUCAACCCGGAUCACCUCCUGUACUUCAAGUUCAUAGGCAGGUUUAUAGCGAUGGCCCUGUAUCACGGCAGAUUCAUUUACUCUGGCUUCACCAUGCCGUUCUAUAAAAGGAUGUUAAAUAAAAAAUUGACCAUGAAAGACAUUGAAUCCAUCGAUCCAGAAUUCUACAACUCCUUGGUAUGGAUCAAAGACAAUAAUAUAGAUGAGUGCGGUCUCGAAAUGUGGUUCAGUGUGGACUUUGAGGUGCUGGGGCAAGUCAUACACCACGAGCUGAAGCCGCAAGGUGAUAAGGAUCGCGUCACAGAGGCUAACAAGGAACAAUAUUUACAAUUGGUCACACAAUGGCGAAUGACACGAGGAAUUGAAGAACAAACCAACGCUUUUCUUGAUGGCUUUAAUGAGGUGGUGCCGUUGGAAUGGCUGAAGUACUUCGACGAGCGCGAGCUGGAGCUGAUGCUGUGCGGCAUGCAGGAGGUGGACGUGGAGGAUUGGCAGCGGAACACCAUCUACCGGCACUACACGCGGACCAGCAAGCAGGUCUCCUGGUUCUGGCAGUUUGUCCGACAAAUGGAUAACGAAAAGCGGGCCAGGCUGCUGCAGUUUGUGACGGGGACGUGUCGAGUGCCUGUUGGUGGUUUUGCAGAACUCAUGGGUUCAAAUGGACCACAACGUUUUUGUAUAGAAAAGGUCGGCAAGGACACGUGGCUGCCGCGCUCGCACACCUGCUUCAACCGUCUCGACCUACCGCCUUAUAAAAGUUACGAACAACUUUGUGAGAAAUUAAAUUACGCUAUCGAAGAAACCGAAGGUUUCGGUCAGGAGUAAAUAAAUUUGCUAAUAGCACUAGUAGAUUAAUGUAAAUUAUUAUUAUUAUCACAUGAUUUUUAACUGCACCGACACCCAUGAAUGAAUUACACAAUGGAGUUGGUGCCGUCGUAAAAAGACCAACCAAAUACUUGUAUGAAUAUUUUGUUUAAACAAUAAUUUUAUUAUGUAGAUAUCUUUUAGUGUAUUAUGCCAGUUAUAUAAGAUAUAUUUUGUUUGAACUAUAUUUAUAAAGUUCGUCUAUAAAGUUCAAUAAAAUUCUUUAAAAGCA